AUGUAUGGUUUUUACCAUGUGCAGGUUACUAGUUUGAAAGAAUGCCCAGGAUGCUACUCAUUUGACCAGAAAUCACAAAGCAACACAGAGUCGGAGAAGCUUGCAUUAUUCAACAGGAACGUGAUGUAUCAGCCUGUGAUUCAAAGAACAAGUUCACUGAAGCCAUGGAUGAUAGCUCUAAUUGUUACAGCAGUUGUGUUGGUUCUGGCAAUAAUUAUUGGUCUUCUUGUUUAUUUUUUAGUAUUUGAUCAGAAGAUGCAGUAUUACCAAACCUCUUUUCAGAUUCCCAGUAUUGAAUAUAAUCCUGACUAUUCAUCAGAACACUCAAAAAUUAGGAACGACUUAGAACAAAGAAUCAAUGACGAGAUGGAUAAUAUAUUUAAAGGUUCCAGUUUAAGUCAUCAUUACAUCAGUGCUCAUGCUUUCAACUUCAGGUCAAGUAAUGAUGGCUUGAAAGCAGAUGUAUUGCUUAAAUUUCAGUUUGUUUCUGGUAAUGCAGAUGUGAUAAAAAGUCAAGCUGAUAAAAUCUUGCAUCAGAUGUUGAAAUUAGAUGAAAGCUUUUUGAAGAUAGAUGCUUCAUUACCUCAUCUUAGAGAUGUGAAUGAAGAGCAAGCAGAACACAUUUUGAACAGGAGCUGUGGUGUAGGGAAGGAGCUUCCAUCCAUGGAUAGAAUUGCAGAUGGUAGAAUUGCAAGGAAAACUGAUUGGCCAUGGCAAGCCAGCCUACAAAUGGAUGGCAUUCACUUCUGUGGAGCAUCUUUGAUCAGUGAAGAAUGGCUCCUCACUGCGGCUCACUGUUUUGACACGUACAAAAACCCAAAGCUCUGGACAGCUAGUUUUGGAACAAAGCUAAACCCUGCACUGAUGAGAAGAAAUGUGCAGUCAAUCAUUGUCCAUGAAAACUACGCUGCCCAUAAACACGAUGAUGACAUUGCUGUGGUGAAGCUCUCCACCCCCGUUGUCUUUUCCAAAGAUGUGCGCAAAGUGUGUCUCCCAGAUGCCACCUUUGAAGCCAUGCCUAAAAGUAAAGUGUUUGUCACCGGCUGGGGAGCAUUAAAAGCAAAUGGUCCCUUCCCCAAUACUUUGCGUGAGGUUGAAAUUGAGAUCAUAAGUAAUGAUGAAUGUAAUCAGAACAAUGUGUAUGGUGGGGCUGUGUCAUCAGGAAUGCUAUGUGCUGGUUUCCUGUCAGGAAAACAUGAUGCCUGUGAGGGUGACUCUGGAGGACCUCUGGUUAUUUCAGAAAACAAUAAUAUCUGGCAUGUUAUUGGAAUUGUAAGCUGGGGGAUAGACUGUGGAAAAGAAAACAAGCCUGGAAUCUAUACCAAAGUCACUCGUUACCGGGACUGGAUUAAAUCUAAAACUAACAUCUGA